AUGCCAAGACAGCGUAAUUGCUUAGUUUGUAAGAAAGAGUUGGCGGGUAAAUAUUAUCUUAUUGUUGGUGCUCCCGUGAAGGGCUAUGCCGCAAGUAGAGCAAAUUAUUGUUUUUCCUGCUGUAAUAAAUGGAAAGAAAAAUUUCUUAUUAAAAAGUUAAUAGAAAGAGGAGAAGCCAAAAUAGUGGAAAAAAAGGCGGGAAACCAAAUUGAUGACGAAAUUAAUAUGAGUUUUUUAUAUUUAUUCGCCAAAUCUGCUCGGGAAGUCAAAUAUAAGCAAGAAGUAGUUCAGCCCACGAUAGAACUGAUAUUAGGUAGAAAACUUAAUGAGGAAAUUAACACCACUACCACCGGAAAUUGCCCAGAUGACAAUAAAUUAGCUCUCCAAAGUUUUUUGCGUAGCCUUAAUAUUAAAGAAAAAGAACUAAAAAACAAUAAAAUAUCUAGCCAAAAUAAUCUUAUUAAUAAACAGGGUAAAAACGAAUUUGUUUCCGAAAAUUCCAGCCGCUUAAUUUUGCCAAUUGGAGCCAGUUUAGCAAUUGUGGCCGAUAAUUCCGGAGCCAAAGAAUUAUUAGUUAUUCGUUGUUUAGGAGGUUCUAACCGUCGCUAUAGUUAUAUUGGCGAUCUAGUGAUUGCCACGAUAAAAAAAGUAAAUCCGAAGGCAGAUAAUGUAAAAACUGGCGUAAUAAAAAAAGGACAAGUAGUAAAGGCCUUAAUUGUUACGAGUAAAAAAGGAUUUCGUCGGGUCAGUGGAAGUCAUAUUAGUUUUAGCGAAAAUUAUGCAGUUUUGGUAAAAAAAGAAGAAGACCGGCAAUUAAUCGGCACUUGA